AAACACCCCUAUAUAAACACAAACACACAAAAGAACAUUAGUUAGCCCGGCACCUUCCGUACGCAAAUUCCCCCCCAAAAGCUUCCAUUGUUGCAACUUUUUGUUCAUAUUUUGUUGAAGGUGAGUAUAGCUAGCUCCGGUCAAAGUAUCGAGUGCUUAUGAAGUUAUGAUACAAGUUGUGCUAUACAGACUAUAGUGUAGUCUCAUGGGCACUAUUAUUGAAGAUGCGAACAAGGAAGCAACCGGAAGUGCUCUUGCACAAAAGAAUCCCAAGAUUGUAUUUGUCUUAGGAGGGCCAGGCAGUGGUAAGGGUACACAGUGUGCAAAUAUUGUUGAGCAUUUCGGGUAUACCCAUCUUAGUGCUGGAGAUCUUCUCCGGGCAGAAAUUAAAUCUGGCUCUGAAAACGGGACCAUGAUUCAGAACAUGAUCAAGGAGGGAAAAAUUGUCCCUUCAGAAGUAACAGUUAAUCUUCUUCUCAAGGCAAUUGCGGAAAAUGAAAAUGACAAAUUUUUAAUUGAUGGUUUCCCUCGCAAUGAAGAAAAUCGUGCGGCUUUUGAGGCAGUUGCUGGAAUUGAACCUGAGUUUGUUCUUUACUUUGAUUGCCCUGUGGAAGAGAUGGAGAAGCGUCUCUUGAGUCGCAAUCAGGGGAGAGAAGACGAUAAUAUUGACACAAUAAGGAAACGCUUCAAAGUUUUUCUUGAGUCUAGUCUCCCUGUUAUCGAAUAUUACAGCUCCAAGGACAAAGUUCGAAAGAUUGAUUCCGCCAAGCCUGUUGGAGAAGUUUUUGGAACAGUCAAGGCCCUAUUCACCCCAGGGCAGCAAACGGCUGCCUCCUAGUUGCAAUCAUUGUUGCCAUUAAGUUUCCAGUCUCUUCAAUCAAGUUAAGUUAUAUGGUGUGGAACGGGAUCGAUGAUCAGAGUUAUGGUCGAUUAUAUGUAUUUUUACAUUGUUAAAAGUUACUUGAUCAUCUCCUAUGUUGUUUAAUAGGUUAGGAAGGUAUUUUGUCAUUAUUCCUACCAUUAUUUUGUUACCAUUGAGACGAUAUACCACGAAGUUUGACUGUUA